ACAAAAUUAGAAAGUCUCUUGUCCUCUGUGCUUGACCGCAAAAGGGACAAAAUAAAAGCCUAUGAACUUGUAAAGUAAAACUCUUCUUUCUCAAAAGUAAUGUAAAACAAUAAGACUAGCCCUCUUUGAGUUUGUUGGAAUUAAAACAUGUAUUGUUAAGCCUAGGUCAAAGGAUCAAGGGUUGGUACAAAGAAGAGAAGACCCAAAAAAAUGUAAAACAAUAAGUCAGAGACAGAAAUCUUUGUAUUUUUCACAGCCCUUCCUCCAAGAAUUUUUCUGCAAAGUUGAAUAUAAAUGUCAACUACAAUACCAUUCAAAUGUCUCAUAAUUUUGGUCCUCAAAGGACAACCUAGAUUUCCUCUAUCUCUAUCUAUAUAUACUCCCAAUAUUUCAACUUCAAACAAAGUGCGUAGUUACAAACAAAAAAAAUAAAUAUCCAUACAUUCUUUCAUUUCAAGCUCUCCACCAACAUGUCUCCUCUUAACACCAAUGAUUUGCAACAGAUUUUUGACAAGCUAGACCAAAAUGGUGAUGGCUUUGUAAGCCUCGAUGAGAUCAAAUUGCUUCUAGAGAGAAUCGGAGUUCAGACUAGCCUAGACGAACUUGAGUUAUUAGUGGGCAAAACAAGCCUCGACCUUCUUGACUUUAUAUUCUUCUAUGACACUUUCAUUAAGCGUGAUCAAAACGAAAUAGGCAAGGAAGAUGUUAAUGACUUGGAAUGUGAUCUUUCCAAGGCUUUCAAGGUGUACGAUUUGAAUGGUGAUGGUUUCAUUUCAUGCGAGGAGCUCCAGAAUGUGUUGUCACGAUUAGGAUUGUGGAACGAGCAUUGUGGCAGGGAUUGCAAAAGCAUGAUUAACAUGUACGAUAUGAAUUCCGAUGGAGUGCUCGAUUUUGAAGAGUUCAAGAACAUGAUGCUGUCCACCAAUUCUUAAAGGCACUUCUUCUAUUUAUUUCUUUAUAUUUAUUUCAGAAAUUUCACUUUAGUAUUAAUUAUUUGUUGUGAUUGUGAUGGGUAUUCGUCGUCCAGACUUUUUCAUCGGGUUGAAUUAGCUAGAAUGUAGACUUGGUCUUUGAUAAUGUUAUUGUUAUUGCACCUUUAAAAUUUAGUAUUGAAUUGUUGUGUACUGCAAAUUGAAUGUAAAAAUUGUUUAUAUAUGCAAGUCAAUUGUUUGGCU